AUGAACGAACAGGAUCGAGAUGGGAGCACCGUGAGGUCUUCCAUGUGGUACCUUGACCGUGAUCCACUGUACGAGACCGAAAAGCCAUACAGCAUGCGAUACGAACCGGACGAUGAGAUUCCGCAAAAUAACCUCAAAAAGAUCCCUCAUCCGAUUGAGGUGAAGAGCAUGAGGGAACCAGGUGCUGGCCCUUUCCGCAUGGAAGAAUGCGGUUUCCAGAUGAUCCAGCUUCAUUCAAACUUGACACCCGACGAUUUCUGGAAGGAGGAGCUGGUCCAGAAGGUGUAUGUACAAGAGGUAAAAGAAGCUUUGAAGAAAGAGCUUGGAGCGAAACACGUUCAUGUGUUGGACUACGCGCUCAGGAAACGACACGAGUCGUUCCCGUUCUCGACUGGAGAGGAAUACCAGUAUGAUCAACCUACCUCACUGGCCCACAUUGAUUUUACCCCGGAGGAAGGAGAACGGAUGAUCAGGGUUCUUUUUGGUGACCGCGCCGAGGAAGUGCUAAAAGGCCGCUGGCAAGUUGUGAAUGUCUGGAAGCCGAUUCGAGGUCCGCUCAACGACUGGCCCCUUGGCCUGUGUGACGCUCGAACGCUCGACUUUGAGAAGGACACGGUGGCGAGCGACGUGGUGUUUGACAACUUUUACACCGAAAACAUGCAGGUCUACCACAACCCAGCGUCCGAGUGGUACUAUCUGCCAGAUCAUAACACGUGGGAGGCAUUCAUCUUUAAGAGCACUGACAGUGAUCUUUCAGCGCCAGUUCGUGGUUGCUGCCACUCUGGGUUCUUGAAUCCCAAGUCGAAAAAGGGAGAGCGAAGGGAAAGUCUCGACUGUCGAUGCUUCGUUUUCUAUGCCGACCUCGAUGAGUACCCGCCGGUUGUCGGGGAUGUUUCCAAGCCCCAUCAUCAGACUGUUUGAACGAGAUCUUGGUCCCGUCACUGACCAAGGAGGGACAUGGUGGAUACUAUGGUUAAAUAUGUAAGACCUGCAAAAUGAACAAAUUGGUCCCAGCUGUGAGGUAUAAAUUUAUGGAUUAAGCUGUCGGGUGUGACAUCAACUUGUGCGCCGAGGUAACGUCUGCUGCAAGGUGCCGUUCGUAAAGCAUGGUACACAGGCACCCGCACGUCGCGGUGAAGACCUCAAUAAGUUCAGUCGGAGAUCCCAAUGGAGCGAAAGGGGACGGGCCGAGGGUAGGUCUUGAAGCGUGCAGAAGGGAGGACACAACUUAGCUGCACAUGGCCAUUUUGCUAGGCGGUCUU